AAAGUCAAUAUUUUGUAGCAGUGUUUGGUUUUUGAAAUAAAUACGUUAUCACUGUUGUAUCAAAGCUAUUCAUUCGGACAUAUUUCAUUGAUAUCUGGAGAAGGUUAUACAAUGUCAUCAUCAUCGAGUGACAGCGAUUGUGAUGAAAAAGAAAGAAACAGUCAAGGUGAUAGAAAUACACUUUGUACAAAGCAUUACUGCCAGGUCAACAAUGGGAAGGUAAAAAGUUUUGGGGAUCCUAGUGUUGAUAUCGUGACAGAAAUUUGGGCAACAAACAAGUCAAUGACUAAGCACAUUCCACUGCGAUAUAUACUUGUCAUCGAUGUAAGCUCCAGUAUGGGAGUUGAAAUCGGUCAUGGACCUGAUUCACUUCUUGACAGAGUGAAGAUAUUUGCCGAAUUAGUCAUUGAUGAAAUAUCAGAAGAAGAUUCUUUGGCAAUUGUGACGUUUUCCGAUGAAGCAGAAGUGGAGUUAGAAAUGACUGUCAUGUCAGAAGAUGAAAAAGAAUUAGCAAGAAAUGUUGUGCAAUAUCUUCAUACGAAGCAAAACACGAACCUGGAAUCCGGAUUGAUGGCUGGACUUGAUGUCAUAGCAAAGAAUCCUUCGCCACAUUCCCGGGACUGCAUUAUACUUUUCACCGACGGAGAAACAAACACAGGGGAACAAGAUGUAGAAGCUCUGGUGAAAAAUUACAAAGAACGUCAAGAUAAUAUGGGAAGAAAAACUUGUGUUCCCGUAUCAGCAUUCACAAUCGGCCAAUACCUCCCUGUCUUAUUAGCAGAAUUAGCUGAUUUUCUGGGAAGUGAAGCUUUUUACUGGUUGAACGAGGAAGAAGACUUUGAAUCCGAUAUGCUUCUUCCAAUAUUUUUGAGGGAGACAACUGCAAUAUCAGACAUUACUAUUCAAAUGAAGUGCUUGUUGGAUUUUACAUUCGAUGCCGAUUCCUUGUCAAGAAAACAUUUACAAAGCUCAUCUCUGUCAGAACUGGAAUAUUUUGUGCAUUCUAUACCGGGAGGAGUCAAGAAACACAUUUCAUUUACAAUCAUCCCACCUGAGAGGAGUUUAAAGAAUUUUCGAAAGGAAAGGAUUGUCGAAAUCAAAGUUAGCUUUACGGAUGGAAGCUUGAAAAAGAGAGAGUUAAACGGUUUCGUAUUAUUUUCUGCUUUGAAUUUGAGGAAAUGCAGAGCCAGAGGUAAAAGAGAAAAAGGAGUAAGAUACUCAGAUAUCACUGACGGCAUUGCAGCGUACACGAUUGAAAACAAUAUAGUGGAUUCAUCUUGGAUUGCAGCUCAGGAAGCUUUAGAAAUGAUCGUGAGAGAAGAUUGUAGAGAAUUGAGUAUGAAUGAACUGGACAACGUUCUAUACCAUAUACUAGAAGAGGAAGAUCAUCUCACAGUCAAUUCUUUUGAACAAGCCAUUUCCAGUAUCCUCGACAUCAAGACAACGUACAGAACUGUCAUUUUCGGACAUAAAAAUCAGUGCACAGCAAGAAUCGACGCAUGUGCAGAUGACUGGAUUGAAAGGUUGAACUUUGGCAAAUCUAUCGCCAAUCCAUAUAACUACGGAAGAAUCGCAGCUUUACAAUCAUCAAUCGCUACAGAAAUGCCCGUUGCAAAAGGUGUUUAUCACAUGGAGCAAAAACAACUGUACAUGCCCAAAAAUAUUCAGAAAAGAUUGAGAGAAUACGAACGAAUUGUAAAAAAGUUCAAAAGGCUUGAAGAUUUCGGAACCUCCAAAGUAUUCGAAGGGAAAACGAUACUCAUAUCAGAAACUUUGCGAACACAAAAAAUUGGAGCGAAACGAGAAUCGUAUGCAGAAAUUGUAAUAAGGUGCGGAGGAAGGCCAGAAUAUUUUGUUAUUGUGAAUCCUUAUAAAAAGCGACCUGGCUGGUAUGUCGAAAAAAACUAUGAUGAUUUCUUUCUUGUUUGCUGUAAAAAAGAUUAUAAAAAGAAUUCAAUGUCAGUUCGCGAUUCCAGAAAAGUACAGAUUCCAAUCGUUCGGAAGGAGUUUCUGUUUGAAUGCAUUAGAAGGAAAAAGUUUUUAAAUAUGGAAAGUUAUUUUUAUAAUUUUCCAUGAAAUCUUGUAAGUAGUACAAAAAAGUCAAUAUUAUGAAGGCAUGGAAGAAGGAUAUUCGCACUACGACACCCAAUUGUAACUCAAAUAGUUGAUAACAUUACCAUGUCCAGCUGGAUUAUCGUGGAAUUAGAUAAGUGCAUAUAGGUUCCUCGAUUGUCGUUUCUUGAAUUUUAUUCAUUGACCUUGUCUAUUCUUUUCUUACGAUCUCGGGAUUCUAAUUUUUUUCUCUCAUCGUGUAUUUAUUGUAAUGUUAUUUAAUAUUCAGUUGUAAAAAGUUUGCUCGCUCUUUGGCCGAUACUAUUUUACAGUACACCCAUAAAUUGUCAUCGAAUCGUGAUAUGUAUACUUAACUAAGGUAUACAAGCUUGAAUGAUGUAGCAUGAUUGAUAUGCCUUAUGAAAUAUUAGG